UGUUUCUUCCUUUCUUCCCAUUUCGUCCAUUCGUACGCAGCAGACGAGAGAGUGAAAGUUGUAGUGAGCCUUUGUUUGGUAGUAAAACACCGUGUGUUUUUCACAAAAUUUACAAUUUUAAUGUGUCGCCAGUUGUGCACGGCUCACAGCUGACGAUUUUACAGGCACAGAAAUACAUUUCCCUAACCAGCUGUUGCCGAAACAUUGAUCACCACCGCCAGAGUGCUCGAGGCUCGUGUGUGGGCGAACACUGAGUCAUUCCAGUUUGCUUUCUCAUUUCGUUUUGUGCACCGAUUUCGACUGCGUCUAAAAAGCUUUCUCGAUUGAAGUUUUUUGCAGUCAGCUCCAAUGGCUAAGGUGAUCACGCAGGAAACAUUCGACGAUGUGGUAAAGGAGAACAUUGUGGAGUUUUCUAUGUCCAUCGAGGAAGCAAGAGAGGAAACGAUUAAACAGUUUGAAGCCCAAGGCAUUCAUCUGGGCAACAUUAUUAAGGAUCUCAACGUUAAUCCCGACACGGGUGUGCCUUUGCUGAACGAAAGCGUGGAGGAGCUGAAACGACUUGCCGAAGAGAAGGAUGCUAAUGCGGAAAAAGUAUCCGAGCUUCUAGCUGUGAUCACUGAAGAAUGCAAGCUGAGCGUUCCCCAUCGUGUGCUGGCUGCGAAACUAGGUGCCUACGAGUUGAUCGUAAAGCAGCUAAACGGUGAAGAUAAGCUAGAUGCUGACGUUUUGCUGAAACUACUCACUGCCGCUAACGCAAUCAUCAACAAACAGCCGGACGUGUUCAACCACGAAUCGUUGGCCGUUGUGCUGAAGGCUUUAAAAGCCUCCCCGGAGCCAAAAGUCGCAUGCGAACUGAUGAAGUGGCUACAAAAGGCGUGCAUACUGCACGAAAUGAAUCGUCAGCUUAUUAUGGAAGAAAAUCAAACCAUCCCAACACUGAAACCGUUCCUUAGCCGGCCCGAAACGGAAGUGAUCCGUAACACGUGCACGCUGUUCCGUUACCUGAUCUUGGACGACGAUAUACGGGUGGAGUUUGGCAAGGCGCACGAACAUGCCCGCCAGCUAGCUGCCGAAGCACUGACGGAGAUCACGCAGCUACUCACCAAGUGCAAAUCGGACCCCGAUUUGAUCAGUGACUUGAUGUUGACUAUCGCCUCCCUAACGGUGCGCAACGAGUUCUGCCAAACGGUCGAGGAAGCCGGUGGGCUACAGUUCAUUCUGGACGCGAUGGUAGAGUUUCCCGAAUCGAUCAAAAUCAUUCGCGAAGCGUGCAAGCUGCUUAAAGCGCUCGCCGGCAAUGACGCGGUAAAGCAACACAUCGUGCAGUGCGGUGCUGCCCCACUGCUAGAAUCGGCCCUGAACCGGCAUAAGGAUAAUGAAACAUUUGCACGGCACGCGCUGGCCUGUAUCUCGACAUUGGCCUUGCGAGAGCCUGCCAAUAGUAAGGCACUGUUUGAGACGGGCAUCUCGGAGACAAUUAUUCAGACGAUGAAAAUCCAUCCGACGAGCAAGAUUGUUCAGCGUAAUGCGGCCUGGGCGGUGCGUAAUAUGGUGUCGCGAUCCCGCGACCAGUGCGACACGUUCGUGGCACAGGGCGUAGAGGACGUACUUAAUCAGGCGCUCGUCGAUCAUCCGAGCAUUGCGCACGAUGUGAAGUCAGCGCUGCGGGAUCUGGGAUGCAAGGUGCUGCUGAACGAAGAAUGGAAAGCCACGUCGGACAUUCAGAUCAAGAAUGACUAAAUUAGGUGCUACCAAAUUGUUCUUGGUUUAUCACUCAUCAAGCAUAUACACUGUACUAUGUACUAAGCAAUCUAAUCACCAUGCACCAUGUAUCGUUAAAGCUUUCACUGCCACUGCAAAGGUAAAUUUUCUCACUCUCUAAAUUAACUCACAACAUCGUACUAUUUUUUGUUUCAUUUAGCGCCUUUUAAAUAAUAAUGCGUGUUAGUUGUUUGGUCUACUAAAA